AUGUCCCUCUUCGGCGAAGAAACAGCCACACCCAGCCCUCGCAAAUCCGCGGGCCUCUUCGGCGACGACGACGAUGCGCCAUCCCAAGCCAAGAACAACAGUAGUAUGUUCGGUGACUCCAGCAUAUCCGCCACCGACGACUCACCAUGGGGCUUCACACCCAGCAAGAAGAACACCACUGGAGGCCAAGGCGGCGUUGUCAAGAAUCUACUCGUAGGCGCCGAGGUGCACGAUAGCUAUAUCGAUACCUUCGACUCAAUGCAGAGUGGUGGACAUGUGAGCAGUCAUGAGUGUAGACGAUUACUAGGCGAGGUUGUGCCGGCGCAGAAGGAGAAGAUCUGGAGUAUUGUUUCUGGCAAUGGGCAGGCGCAGGAACUGGGACGGAACGAGUUCAAUGUGCUGCUUGCUUUGAUUGGCUUGGCGCAGGAGGGAGAGGAGUUGAGUUUGGAUGCGGUGGAUGAGAGGCGGAGUAAGCUUCCUACUGUGUCUCUGCCAAAGAAGCCGGUAGCUCAGCAGCAGCAGCAGGCGCCCGCCACGCCUAAGCAGUCACAGCCUGUGCAGACGGGAGCUCAGCAAGCGACACCUCAGCAGCAGAAUGGGCAUACGAGGAACACUUCCUUUGGUGCUGGGUUUGGCGAUAGUGAUCCUUGGGGCUCACCAGACGUGCAUAAGGGCCAUAAGCAUUCGAAUGGUGCUGCGCCGCAACGAACCACGAGCACGUUCACCACAAAUGCUUCCGAGCCUAGUGAAAGUGCACCAACUGGUGGAUAUGGCAAUGCACAAUCAUCCAAUGCAAGCGACAGCCAGCAAUGGGGUGGUGCAUCGAGCUUUGGAGCGAGCAGCACUGGCAAUGAAGGCUUCGGUGGGGCUGGGGCAGCUGGCGAAGGCUUUGGUGAGGGUGGCGGCAGUGUUCGCAAACCGGCUCCGCCACGCGUUACGACGUCCAAAGGUGCCGAGGAGGUGGUUACAGUGAACCUGCUGGAGGAGAAGGAGGGGAUGUUUAUGUUUCAGCAUCGCAAUUAUGAAGUCGCCAGUGUGCGUCGCAACAGCAAAGUCAUCCGAAGGUAUAGUGACUUUGUCUGGCUUCUGGACUGCCUACACAAGCGCUACCCAUUCCGACAACUACCCCUGUUGCCACCAAAGCGAGUCGCGAUCAAUGGCAACCAUAUCGCGGCCGACGAUAGCUUUGUCGAGAAGAGACGGAGAGGCUUGGCAAGAUUCGCGAAUGCGCUUGUUCACCACCCAAUUUUGAGAGAGGAACAGCUAGUAGUCAUGUUCCUGACUGUCCCAACGGAACUCGCCGUCUGGCGCAAACAAGCCACCAUCUCCGUCCAAGAAGAAUUCGUCGGCAAGACCCUUCCCCCAGCCCUCGAAGACAGCCUGCCCCAGAACCUCCAAGAUACCUUCGACACCGUCCGUUCUGGAGUCCGAAGAUCAGCAGAUCUCUAUAUCAACCUCUGCAACCUCACCGAGCGCCUAUGCAAACGCAAAGAAGCCAUCGCAGGAGAAUAUUCGCGCUUCAGCCUCAAUCUCCUCAGCAUAACCGAAACAAGCCAAGAUACCUACGCGAUCGACACCAACGACGUCCCGCUCCUCAACGAAGGUGUAAAAGGGACCGCAAAACAUGUCUCGAAUUCCCAAGCUUUGAUUGAGGAUGAGUCAAGGGCGUGGGACGAGGGGUUGUUGGAGGAUCUGAAGACGAUGAGGGAUGGAUUGGUGAGUAUGAGGGAGAUGUUUGAGAGGAGGGAGAGGUUGAGUAGGGAUAGUAUCCCCGCGCUUGAGAAGAGGAUUAUGGGGAAUGAGCAGAAGUUGCAGGGGGUCAAGGCGAAGGGGGAUGCGGCGAAGCCGGGAGAGGCGGAGAAAGUCGAGAAUGCCAUUGUUGCUGACAAACAAUCCAUCGUCAAUCAGCACGCCCGCGGUGUCUUCAUCAAGGAAUGUGUACGCGAUGAGAUUGUCUUCUUCAACACGACGCAAUAUAAUGUCUCGCGACUGCAUCAAGAUUGGGCGCAGGAGCGGGUCAAGUAUUCCGAAUUGCAGGCGGAUUGUUGGAGGAGUUUGGUGGAUGCUGUUGAGGGUAUGCCGUUAGGUGAUUGA